AUGAGCACACCACCUUUGAAGCCGAGGAGCUCCGGAAAUAAUCUGACCGUCAGGUCGAGAAACAGACGCACAUCUUCUGUCGGGAAGAUUGACUUAGGUGAUACCGUACCCGGUCUCGGUACUAUGGCUGAGAGUAAGGAAUCGAGAGAUGCGUCGAACGAACGUAUGAAAGCUCUGGCUAAGGCUUCAGAGAAUGAUAUGGAUUUAUUACGAAAAUUUUGGCUUACUUACAGAGAGAUGAGUUAUCGUCACACCUGGCUUACUCCAUUGCUUAUUCUGCUGGUUGUUUACGCGGCAUAUUUCACUUCUGGCAAUAGAACGGAGAGUAAUCCUCUUCAUAUGUUUGUGGCAAUCUCAUACAGGAUUGGGGAAACUGACAUGUAUGGCAAAGGUAUCAAAGAUCUAAGCUUUGUGUUUUUCUACAUGAUUUUCUUCACCUUCUUGCGCGAGUUCCUGAUGGAGUGCGUAAUCCGCCCUAUGGCUAUUAUGCUCAAUGUCAAAUCCAAACAUAAGAUCAAGAGAAUAAUGGAACAGGUAUAUGCAGUCUUUUACUGUGGGGUGUCCGGCCCAUCUGGACUUUACAUCAUGUAUCAUUCGGAUUUGUGGUUUUUCAAAACUACCCCAAUGUACAGCACCUAUCCAGAUCUUAACAACCACUUCCAUUUUAAAAUAUUCUACCUAGUUCAGGCGGCAUUCUGGGCUCAACAGGCUUGCGUUCUAGUUUUACAGCUCGAAAAGCCAAGGAAAGACUACAAAGAGCUGGUCUUCCACCACAUUGUUACAUUGCUCCUGAUUUGGUCCUCUUAUGUUUUCCAUUUUACUAAGAUCGGACUGGAGGUGUACAUUACUAUGGAUGUGUCAGACUUCCUACUUUGCCUGUCAAAGACCUGUAAUUAUUUAGAUUCGGCUUUCACAGCACCAGUCUUCAUCCUAUUUGUGGUAUGUUGGAUCUUCCUUCGCCAUUACGUCAAUUUGAGAAUCCUUUGGUCCGUCCUAACCGAAUUUCGCACAGAGGGUAAUUAUGUUCUGAACUUUGCCACACAGCAAUAUAAAUGCUGGAUUUCGCUUCCAAUUGUGUUUAUUUUGAUUUCUGCUUUGCAAUUGGUGAACUUGUACUGGCUGGCAUUGAUCGCGAGAAUUUUGUACAGAAUGCUUUGGAAGGGCAUUCAGAAGGAUGAGAGAAGUGACAGUGAGUCAGAUGAGGAGAACGAGGAACAGGAAGAAGCCGAAGCUGUUAAGCAUGAGAAGGCAAAGUAG